AGCAUGCCAAAGCGGAUGGCUCUGAUCUGCUUCCUGUCUCUGGUCAUGCUGAUGAGCAUCCUGGGAAACCUGCUGGUCAUGGUGGCCGUCUGCAAGGACAGGCAGCUCAGGAAAAUCAAGACCAAUUACUUCAUCGUGUCUCUGGCGUUUGCUGACUUGCUCGUAUCGGUGCUGGUGAUGCCGUUCGGUGCCAUCGAGCUGGUCCACCAGCACUGGAUCUACGGCGAGACUUUCUGUCUGGUCCGUACGUCGCUGGACGUCCUGCUGACCACAGCGUCCAUCCUGCACCUGUGCUGCAUCGCCCUGGACAGGUACUACGCCAUUUGCUGCCAGCCACUGGUCUACCGGAACAAAAUGACGCCAAUGCGAGUGGCUUUGAUGAUCGGCGGCUGCUGGGUCAUCCCCACCUUCAUCUCCUUCCUGCCCAUCAUGCAGGGCUGGAACAGCAUCGGCAUUGACCACCUGAUCGAGCAGAGGCGCCACAGUGAUGGCAGCAACUCCACAUCCUGUGUCUUCAUGGUCAACAAGCCGUACGCCCUCACCUGCUCUGUGGUGGCCUUCUACAUCCCCCUGGUCCUCAUGGUGCUAGCCUACCAGAGGAUCUACGUCACGGCCCGUGCACACGCCCUGCAGAUCAGCAUGCUGCAGCGGGCAGGAGGAGCGGCGGGCACUUCUGGCGCUGGGGUUGACUCUGCUGACCAUCAACGCAACCACCGCAUGCGAACAGAGACGAAGGCAGCAAAGACUUUGUGCAUCAUUAUGGGGUGUUUCUGCCUCUGCUGGGCACCGUUCUUUGUCACUAAUGUGGUGGACCCCUUUAUAGACUACACGGUGCCAGACAAACUGUGGGCGGCCUGCCUUUGGCUGGGCUACAUCAACUCCAUGCUGAACCCCAUCCUCUACGCCUUCCUCAACAAGUCCUUCCGCCGUGCCUUCCUCAUCAUCCUGUGCUGUGGCAGGAAGAGGUACCGCAGGCCGUCCAUCCUGGGGUCCGGCGCUCCCUGCACAGCCACGCAGAUCAACGGCUCCACACAUGUACUCAAGUAUUCUGUCCUUCACAACGGGAACCACACAGAACAAGAGAAGAAGUCUCUGCACACCGAGUCCCACGAGUCCUGCUUGUGACCAACGACGACUCCUCAGUCACAUCUCCGACGUCCUCGGCUCUCCCACCGUCACCACAGGAGCUGAAGGAAACGCACCCCAGCCUUCACACAUUCACAGCUGAAACACAACACACAAGAUGCUACAAAUCUGGCAGCGCUCCAGACCCAGAGCCCUGACGGGAAUUUGGGCAUCUGGGAGAAAAAAGUGACAUUGCCAGGGGCGCAUCUGGUUUUGAAACUCGGCUGAAACUCAACCUGUGGUCUUUAAAGGUGGCAGGGACUGGAACCAAACCAGCACUCCCACUCUGUAGUGCUGGUUCUGCAGGCCCACAGAGACUGCAGUGGCCCAGUCAGGCUGAACCAGAGCCACAACAUGACUGUGAUCCCAUCAGCAAGCCUGCUGGUCACUCACUGUGAAGCCAUGCUUGUCUCAUGGAGAAACCAGCAGCUUCGGUGGAGUGUGUGGGAGAAUUUCACAGCACGAGAUGUGAUUAACGACUGUGUUGGGGAGUCGUGGAAGUGAAUUAUGUUGCCAAAGCUAUUUGAUAUAAGACAGUGGACCUAUUUCUGAAUAUUAUAUGAAGCCCCCUGUUGUUUUCCAGUGAAAAAUCAGAAAGAUUGUAGAUAAGAUUUUAGAAGGUUGUUCGUUGUAAAACAAGCAUAACGAGUUGGCAAAAAUGAGCUUUUUAAACAAGUCCUUUCCUCUAAAAAGAGGCCGAGUUUAGAACAAUACUCCUUCUGCUAAACAGCACACGUGAAACAUUGCGUGUCGUAGCCCCUGACACAAACCCGAAGAACCUAGUUUGUCUCCCGGGUCGACGCUUCCUGCCUUUGCUAAAUCCUCACUAAGCUGAAAGGAAAAUGUGUUUGCAGGGUUGCGUUAAAUCCUUGACCUAAACUGUCGAAGUGCAUUAUUACAGAGGCUGCUAGCUCACACUUUGUUCAUCUGAACCAUUGUUUUCUUUUUCAAGUUCCACACAAUAAGACGUUCGAAGUGGCUCAUGAUGUUGGAGGAAUAUG